AGUGGCUGUCGCUGGUUUCUGCCUGCGCUCUCCCGCUUCUUGAAUCUUCGUGUCGGGCCGUGACUCGACACUGGACGAGCGAGUUCUCGAGCAGCAAACAUGUUCCCAAGCAAUGGCAAAGGGGCACAAAAGGGGGGAUCCGUUGGCUUCGGCGCCUCCUCGACCACUCUUUCAUAUCUCACUCCUCCUCCCGACUUCUCUGGCAUCCCACAGGAGAUCGUGGUCCCUUGCAAGAACCUGUUAAAGAAGGCCAGCACAACAAAAGAAAAGGCGCUGCAAGACAUCCUUGCCUAUGUACAGGGUCUCGGGCCUGACGGACACGGACUGGGUGAGCCAGUGAUCGACGCAUAUGUCGAGCUCUAUCCCCGGCUGUCGAUCGACGACUCAGCUCGAGUCCGGGAGCUCUCUCACCAGCUCCUUUUCCACCUCCUCAGCGCGGCAAAAAAGCGCAUGGCCAAACGACUCCCGUCCUUCGUUGGCGCGUGGCUCGCUGGCACGUUCGACAGAGACAAGCGCGUGGCACGAGCCGCAAGCGAUGCGUUGACUUCGUUUCUUCAGACAAAGGAGAAAGAGGCGGCGUUCUGGAAGGCCGUGCAGACUCGAGCGCUCCAAUUCGCCAUCGAGGCGAUCAAUGAGACACCAGACACGCUGAGCGACGAGCGGUCCACCACGAAACAGGAUUCUGAGGCGAAAUACCAUCGAGUUGUCGGCGCCAGCCUAUCUCUGGCCUUGAACCUUGUGAGGAAAGGGGAUAUUGAGGCUCUGCAGGACGACUUGGGUCGCUACCUCGACGCGGACGCCAUCUGGACUACGCCUAAAGCCGAAGAUGCCUUCGUGAGGAGGGCAUUCUAUCAGCUCCUGCAUGCGCUGAUCGACACCAAGCCCAAGCUGCUGGAGCCACGGCUGCAGCAGGCCGGAAAAGCCCUUGUUGCGGACGGCCUGAGAACGACGCAAACGGGUUCGGCAACGGAUCUUCUGAGGGUCUUGGCCUCGAUGACUGCGCGUUUCCCGCAGGUAUGGGGCACUCAGAAGCAUCCGCUCCAACGGCUUCAGCAGUUCGUCUCCAAGGGCUCCCAGGGCGGUGCAGAAGAGUACUGGCACGCUCUGGACCAGCUCCUCCUGUCACUUCGGGAGCGGACGCCGUCGGUCGAGGUCAUCUCGGCCUUCCUGGCUUCCUUGAGACAGGGCAUCGCGGAGAGACUCGAAUCUCGCACCGGUCGCAAUCAAGCCUUUCAGUCAUAUGCCUGGGUGCUUGAGUUGUUCUUGGGUGAUGUACCCCUGGGCGCCAGUUUCCUCGAGGAUAACCUCUCUGGUCUCACGAGCCAGUAUCUGCAUCCCACCCCCGGGUCACCGUUACCCACUCCACAACGACCCGACUCCCUGGCAGAGGCAUGGAUCAUUGUAGGACGGCACCCGAACGAUGAAACCCGCAAAGCCGUGGCUGAGGAGUGGCAGAAGCUGGCAAGCGCAUUUCUCUCGCGCAUGUCCAACUCUCUGCCCGAGGUUUCUGAAGGCUAUCAGAAGUCCCAGACCUCCAUUGCUUCUGAAGGAGAGCGUUGGUUUGCAUUCGCCGCCAGCGUUCUUUCCAGGGAGCAUGAUAAGAACGGGUCACUGCCCGAUGUGAUCGCUGCGUCGUCGCGCGAUGUCUUAGAUGGGGCACUCAGUCUCCUUACCAGGAGAAACUUCAAGCCGUUUGGCGCUGCCUCCGUCAUCCAGUCGGCCUUCAGACAUUUACCCGUUGUCUGUUCUGACAACAACCUUCUCGCCUCACUUUUUCCCGUUGAGCGCAUCGAUACGUACCGGUUUAUUGCUGCAUCUCCAUCGCUCCCAUACCUUGUCUCUGACCUUCACACUAUCUCGGACGGAACGGGCCGUUUUGGGGAGAUCUGGACCUCACUUACUGAGGCGGCGCUCCAGCUUUCCGACCCUCCGUCGGUUGUCUCUUCAGUUCGGGUACUUGUGGCGAUUCCUUCAGUCGCCACAUACGCGCAGAAGCUCCCAGCCUUACAGAGCUUCCUUGUAUCGGCGUGGAAACAAUAUGCCGAUGGCGGGACUUUGGCUGCCUUGAAGGAUCUCUGCGAGGCGUCCUUGACGUUUGAUAUUCUGACGGGUGAAACCACGAGUGUGAUUGCAGCGGAGAUCGUCUCCUGUUUCGAUAGUCAGGAAACAUCCCAUCCGGCGGUUGCUGCUCUCGAGGUCAUCCUGCAGAAGAAGCCCGAGCUCCUGCACGCAAACUCGGACCUGCACGUGCAACUCGUUACGAAGCUCCUUUCUCUCACUGAGCUAGCGGACCAAGAUCUGGCGGAGAAGGCCAGGAGUCUAAAAUCGCUACUCGACAAGCAGCCUACAGAGCAGAGCCAUGUCGCCAGAAUUCUCGAAACUCACCUGUGCGAGGCUGGGCCCUCUUCUCUCGGGAUCGACACCGUGGUCCAGCAAGCGCUGACGGCCCUCAACUCUGGAGCUGUACCCGCGGAGGACAUCUUCCCAAGCUCGACUGUAUGGAUGAAUGAGCUCUCUAGCUUCCUGGCAACUCCUCCCAGCCCUACGCUGUCGCUGACGAGCAGUAUGGGAGGCACAUACUUCUUGGUCCAAGGCGACCGAAGCCUCCGAAAGCCGUCAGCAGGUCGGGACAGCAGCGGCCGCUCAAUUCCUGCUAGGAUGGCCCUAUUCACCGCCAAUCUGCUCUCUCUUGGCGUUCAACUGUCCUCUCUGCCCCCAGAGUUCCAGUUGGAACUCGUCUACUUACUUUGUCUCACCGAAGCGCUCACCAGUGACCACCUUUCUACGGCACAGACCGAUGGCUUAUGGACUAACGGCUUUGAGAAUGAGUCCGAAGCGCAGGAAUUCUGUGAACUCAGCUCGGCGGCUGUUAGUGGCGUUGUCGCUAGCUGCGGCAGUUGGGUGAGCUGGGAUAUGUCCGGCGAUUCCCUGGUGGAACGCUUGAUCAACUUCAUGCUCCGCGAGGCCGUUGGGUCAAGUCCCAGAGCAUUUUACACUUCUAAGGCUCUGAGCUCUCUCUUCCAGUACUUACUCAAGGUACACGGGGGCCCGCCUACAGCGCUCGAGGCAUGGCUAGCUAGGCUGGGCGUGAUGAGGGUCGCGCCCAACACCACGCUCGUCACGGCUGCGUUCCUGACCGGGUUUGGCGAGGCCCUCGCGUCCUCCAAUGCGGUGUCGACGCUCUGCGCCCGUCUCAUCAGCGAAAUCCCGGGCUUCGCUGACUUCUCCAACCCACGCACCCUUCCGACCUUGGUUCUGCUCAACCUCUGCAUGGAUGUCUACGAGGCUGGUAAGGCACCAGUUGAGACACGAAAGCAAGUUCUUGCCUUGCAGCAGUUCACAAGAUGGAUGGAUACGCCAGAGGAACUGGGUUAUAAACUCGCUGCCGAGACUUGUAAAGCCGUUGCAAGGGUCCUCCCCGCCGCCCAGGAUACCUACGGUCCGUACUGGGACCAGGCAGCCGAGUAUUGCAUCUGGUUGUGGAAAAGGGCAGCCAACGACAGACAUGAGGAGAGGCUGCCGUACAUCUUCGCUUCAUUGAAGUUGAUGCAGGCGUUCCACGCAGCGGAAGACCUAAACGAUGACCUCGUGGACGCUCUGAAAACCCACCGCGAAGCCGAGUCAGCGGCGCUGAUCGCCCUUCUGGGCAUUCCUCGCGAGGCCACCGGCGACAUGCCCAGCCAAGUUGUUGAUGCGCUACUCGCGAGAGCGGUGAGCCGGAUACCCAACGUGAGGCUUGAAGAUCUCGCGGAUAUCUACGAAUCAGUUGCCUCGGAAUCCCGGGAGAUACAGAAAGCCGCUUUCGGGUUACUCCACAAAGCCUUGCCGGCCGCGCAGGAGGACAUCAACCUUGCCGUUGUCAUGGACAAGAAAGCUGCCUCCCUGCCCAACGAGUUGCUCUCCCUGCUCCUGAACGCCCCCAACCCCGACGACUACUCGGACGAGGAACUCGCUCGAUUUCCGGUAGCCAUCCGUUCAUACUUGCUUGCCUGGCAUCUCGUUUUCGACGCCUACAGCACGGCGUCUUUUCGAGUUCGCAACGACUACACCGACAACCUCAGGAGCGGGAAGCACCUGGACCCGCUGCUCCACUUCAUGGUUGAUGUUCUCGGCCACGGUCUCGCGCGGGCGCUUGACCUCGACAAGGAAGGAUUUACGGCAGAGCACAUCCGCUCCUACAGCAUCGACCUUGCCGACUCGGAACCGGCCGAACGAGACAUGAACUGGCUGCUUAUCCACCUCUUCUACCUCAUCCUCAAGUACAUCCCGGGCCUCUUCAAGAUGUGGUACCUGGACUGCCCCUCCAAGCAGACCAAGAACACGAUCCAGCUGUGGAUGCAGAAGUUCUUCUCGCCGCUCAUCAUCUCGGAUGCUCUGGAUGAAGUUGUGGAGUGGGCUUCCAACCAGGAGACGGGGGACCCCGACACGCAGGAGAUAGUUGUCAAGGUCAGCAAGGCGAUGCACGAGAUCACGGCGGGCUAUCCGGUUGAUGACGACGCCGCGACCAUCUCUCUGCACGUGCCAAAGUCGUAUCCGCUGGAUCCCGUGGACGUGGUCAGCGUCAAGAGGGUCGCUGUCAAGGAGGACAAGUGGCAGGCGUGGUUGAAGGCGACCAAGGCGGUCAUCAUGUUCGGGAACUGCAGCCUAGUCGACGGGCUGAUGGCCUUCCGCCGCAACAUCUUGCUGGCCAUGAAGGGCCAGGAGGAGUGCGCCAUUUGCUACUCCAUCAUUGCGCCGGACAAGACGCUGCCGGACAAGAAGUGCGGCACGUGCAACCACUACUUCCAUCGGGUGUGCCUUUACAAGUGGUUCCAGAACAGCGGGCGGAACACUUGUCCGCUGUGCCGGAAUGCCAUUGACUACUUGGGCGCGGAUACGAAGCGGAGGCGGCCGGAGCAUGAGUAAGCUAAGAAAGGGAUUUGGCCUUCGUGGGGUGGGGCUGGGAGAGACAACCGGAGCAUGAGUGAGAAAGGGAUUUCGCUUUGCUUGGAUGGGUUUGGGGCGGGAGGGACAACCCACGGAUGUACUGGAUACUCAGUCCGUGUUAGGGAAGCCGGCCCUUCAGUGGGAUGCCGAGGGAGGACUUCAGGCUUUGCGUUACCCUGGUUUUCCCAGCUCGUUCUGUGUGUCAACGGAGCGCGAGCGAGUAGAAUUCGGCAGGAUAUCCUGUCAGACCGCUGAGCUAGAUAAAAACUUGUGGGGCAUCAAUCUGUUAUUGAGAGUCUUGUGGCUCCGUACCUAUUUUCCAACGUAUCCGCACUAC